CGGCUGGCCCAGCAUGGCCUUCCUGAGCCCCUGGGCACUGAGCGACCCGGCCUGGCUCCGCAUUGCCUGGGUGGCUGCCCUGGUACUGGGCUCCCUUGGGGUCUGGGCCCUCUUCCUCCUCUGCUCCCUCAGGGGACGCCCCCCACCCUCUCUCUGGGCAGACCAGCAACUCAGAGCAACCAAGUCCCAGGCCUCCUCCGAGAAACGACGGAAGAAGAGCGGAGGGGCCUCCAAAGCCAAGCCCCCAACCGGCCGGAAGGACCCAGCUGCUCCCUCAGCCCCAGGCUCUGUGCCCCCCACAGCGGCAGUGGCAACCAAGUGGCAGGAGGUGAUGUCCACCCGACGGAAAGAGAAGCCCAAAAUGGCUGCGGAGGAGAGUUCCAGUGGCGGCAGCAGUGGGGGGUCCCCAUCCCCGGGGGACACCUUGCCCUGGAACCUCCCCAAGCACCAGCGCACCAAGAGGACCAAAUCGGCCUCCGGGAAUGGGACAGUGCUUGACCCCGCUGAGAGGGCCGUCAUCCGCAUUGCAGACGAGCGAGACCGGGUCCAGAAGAAAACCUUCACAAAAUGGGUCAACAAGCACCUGCUCAAGCACUGGCGAGCAGAGGCCCAGCGCCAUGUCAACGACCUCUACGAAGACUUGCGCGAUGGACACAAUCUCAUCUCUCUCCUGGAGGUGCUCUCGGGAGACACCCUGCCCAGAGAGCGCGACGUGAUCCGGAACUUGCGGCUGCCCCGCGAAAAGGGCCGGAUGCGUUUCCACAAACUCCAGAACGUGCAGAUUGCCCUGGACUACCUGAAGCACCGGCAGGUGAAACUGGUCAAUAUCCGGAACGAUGACAUCGCAGAUGGAAAUCCCAAGCUGACGCUGGGCCUGAUCUGGACCAUCAUCCUCCACUUCCAGAUCUCGGACAUCCAGGUGAGCGGCCAGUCGGAGGACAUGACGGCCAAGGAGAAGCUGCUGCUCUGGUCCCAGCGCAUGGUGGAGGGCUACCAGGGCAUGCGCUGCGACAACUUCACCACCAGCUGGCGCGACGGGAGGCUUUUCAAUGCCAUCAUCCACCGUCACAAGCCGAUGCUGAUUGACAUGAACAAAGUGUAUCGCCAGACCAACGUGGAGAACCUGGAGCAGGCUUUUUCCGUGGCCGAGCAGGACCUGGGGGUGACGCGGCUGCUGGACCCCGAAGAUGUUGAUGUGCCCCAGCCGGACGAGAAGUCCAUCAUCACAUACGUGUCCUCCCUCUACGAUGCCAUGCCGCGAGUGCCGGACGUGCAAGACGGAGUCAAGGCCAACGAACUGCAGCUGCGCUGGCAGGAGUACUAUGAGGUAGUGACGCUGCUGCUGCAGUGGAUCCGUCAUCACACGGUGGUCUUCGAGGAGCGCAAGUUCCCUGCCAGCUAUGAGGAGAUUGAGAUCUUGUGGCGCCAGUUCCUGAAGUUCAAGGAGACGGAGCUUCCCGCCAAAGAGGCCGAUAAGAACCGCUCCAAGGCCAUAUACCAGUCCUUUGAGGCUGCUGUGCAGUCCGGACAGGUGAAGGUGCCCCCUGGCUACCACCCGCUGGAUGUGGAGAAGGAGUGGGGCAAGCUGCAUGUGGCCAUCCUGGAGCGCGAGAAGCUUCUGCGCUCUGAGUUCGAGAGGUUGGAGCGGCUUCAGCGCAUUGUCAGCAAACUUCAGAUGGAGUCGGGUCUGUGCGAGGAGCAGCUGAACCAGGCUGACACUCUCCUGCAGUCGGACAUCCGGCUGCUGAAUGCCGGCAAGGCGCCACAGAAGUCAGCCGACAUCGAGCGGGACCUGGACAAGGCCGACGCCAUGAUCCGCCUGCUCUUCAAUGACGUCCAGGCCCUCAAGGAUGGGCGUCACCCGCAGGGCGAGCAGAUGUACCGCAGGGUCUACCGCUUGCACGAGCGCCUGGUGGCCAUCCGCACUGAGUACAACCUGCGCCUGAAGUCAGGAUCAGCACCCGUAGCCCAGGUGACCAUACCUGUCACCCAGCGCCCACGGCAGGAACUGGACGACGUCACGCUGCGCUACCUGCAGGACCUCCUCGCCUGGGUGGAAGAGAACCAGCGUCGGAUUGGGGCGGCAGAGUGGGGGGUUGACCUGCCCACUGUGGAGUCCCAACUGGGCAGCCACCGUGGCCUCCACCAGUCCAUUGAGGAGUUCCGGGCCAAGAUCGAGAGGGCACGGGCAGACGAGACCCAGCUCUCUCCCGGCCCACGGAGUGCCUACCGGGACUGCCUGAGCAAGCUGGACUUGCAAUAUGCCAAGCUGCUGACCUCUUCCAAGGCCCGGCUGCGGCACCUGGAGAGCCUGCAGGCAUUUGUGGUGGCGGCCACAAAGGAGCUGAUGUGGCUGAACGAGAAGGAAGAGGAGGAGGUGAACUAUGACUGGACUGAGCGCAACAGCAACAUGGUGGCCAAGAAGGAGAGCUACUCGGGCCUGAUGCGGGAGCUGGAGCAGCGCGAGCGGAAAAUCAAAGAGAUCCAGAGCACGGGAGACCGGCUGCUGCAGGAGGACCACCCAGCCAAGCAGGCGGUGGAGGCCUUCCAGGCUGCCCUUCAGACCCAGUGGAGCUGGAUGCUGCAGAUGUGUUGCUGCAUUGAGGCCCACCUGAAGGAGAACACGGCUUACUUCCAGUUCUUCUCAGACUUGAAGGAGGCAGAAGAGUUCCUGUGCAAGACACAGGAGACCAUGAGGAAGAAGUUCAUGUGCGACCGCUCCGUCACCGUGACGCGUCUAGAGGACCUGCUCCAGGACUCCCUGGACGAGAAGGAGCACCUGACGGAGUACCAAGGCCACGUGGCAGGGCUGGCCAAGCGCGCCAAGGCCAUCGUCCAGCUCAAACCACGGAGCCCCUCCAACCCCGUCAAGGGUCGGCUGCCCCUCCAGGCUGUCUGUGACUACAAGCAGAUGGAGAUAACGGUGCACAAAGGGGACGCCUGCACCCUCCUCAGCAACGCCCAGCCCUACAAGUGGAAGGUGCUCAACGCGGCCGGGAGUGAGUCCGUCGUGCCGUCCAUCUGCUUCCUGGUGCCCCCACCCAACAAGGAGGCCCUGGAUGCCGUCAGCAGGUUGGAGGGCACCCACCAGGGCCUGCUGGCUCUCUGGCACCAGCUGAACAUUGACAUGAAGAGCCUCCUCUCCUGGCAGUACCUCCAACGCCACAUCCAGCAGAUCCAGUCCUGGUCCCUCCUCAUUUUCCGGACGAUGCCACCUGAGGAAUACCGCCAGACGCUGCGCAGCCUGGAGACCCACUACCAGGAGUUCCUGCGCAGCAGCCAGGACUCCCAGAACUUCCUGCCGGAUGACCGGCUGCAGGUGGAGCGCGAGUACAGCGCCUGCACCCAGAAGUAUGAGCUGCUCCUGCGCAGCCUGGAGAAAGGGGAACAGGAGGAGUCGCUCUGCCGGAACUUCAUCUCCCAGCUGAAGGACAUCCGCCUGCAGCUGGAAGGCUGCGAGUCCCGCACCAUCCACAAGAUCCGCCUGCCGCUCGACAAAGACCCGGCCAAAGAGUGCGCCCAGCGCAUCACUGACCAGCAGCAAAUCCACCAGGAGCUGGAGGGCAUCAAGAAGAACCUGGGGAAAGUGAGUGCCAAGACGGAGCAGGUGCUGGCUCAGCCGGAGCAGGCCUCCUCGGCCCCCACGCUCCACUCCGAGCUGGACAUCACUCUGCAGAAGAUGGACCAGGUCUACAGCCUUUCCAGCAUCUACCUGGAGAAGUUGAAGACCAUCCACUUGGUGAUCCGCAGCACUCAGGGGGCUGAAGAUCUGAUCCGCAAAUACGAGGAGCAGCUGAAGGAUGUGCAGGCGGUACCCUCAGAUCUCAAGGCAUUGGAGGCAACCAAGGCAGAGCUGAAGCGGCUGCGUGGGCAAGUGGAAGGGCACCAGCCCCUCUUCAACACCUUGGAGAUGGACCUGGCCAAGGCCAGUGAGGUGAAUGAGCGGAUGGUCAGGGGCCACAGCGAGAGGGACAUCGAUCUGGACCGCUAUCGGGAGCGGGUGCAGCAGCUCUUGGAGCGCUGGCAGGCCAUCCUGGCACAGAUUGACCUGCGCCAACGGGAGCUGGACCAGCUGGGGCGCCAGCUGCGCUACUACCGCGAGUCUUAUGACUGGCUGAUCCAGUGGAUCCGGGAAGCCAGGCAGCGGCAGGAGCACCUCCAGGCCGUGCCCGUCACCAAUAGCAAGAGCGUGCGGGAGCAGCUGCUACAAGAGAAGAAACUCCUGGAGGAAUGCGACCGGAACCGGGAGAAGGUGGAGGAGUGCCAGUGCUUUGCCAAGCAGUACAUUGAUGCCAUCAAGGACUAUGAACUCCAGCUGGUGACUUACAAGGCCCAGGUAGAACCAGUGGCUUCUCCUGCCAAGAAGCCGAAGGUGCAGUCGGCCUCAGACAGCGUCAUCCAGGAGUAUGUGGACCUGCGGACUCGCUACAGUGAGCUGACCACACUGACCAGCCAGUAUCUGAAGUUCAUCACUGAGACCCUCCGGCGGCUGGAGGAAGAAGAGAAAGCAGCAGAGAAGCUGAAGGAGGAGGAGCGGCAGCGCCUGGCAGAAGUGGAGGCACAGUUGGAGAAGCAGCGGCAGCUGGCCGAGGCCCAUGCCAGGGCUAAGGCCCAGGCGGAGAAGGAGGCCCUGGAGCUGCAGCGACGCAUGGAGGAGGAGGUCAGCCGGCGGCAGCUGGUGGCCGUGGACGCCGAGCAGCAGAAGCAGACCAUCCAGCAGGAGCUCUCACAGAUGAAGCUGAGUUCGGACGCCCAGAUUCAGGCCAAGCUCAAACUGAUUGAGGAGGUGGAAUUCAGCCGGCGGAAGGUGGAGGAGGAGAUCCGCAUGGUACGCCUGCAGCUGGAGGCCACAGAGAGGCAGAGGGCCGGGGCGGAGGACGAGCUCCAGGCCCUGCGGGAUCGGGCCGAGGAGGCUGAGCGGCAGAAGCGGCUAGCCCAGGAGGAGGCCGAGCGCCUGCGCAAGCAGGUCAAGGAUGAGAGCCAGAAGAAGAGGGAGGCGGAGGACGAGCUGAAGCACAAGGUGCAGGCCGAGCAGCAGGCCGCUCGCGAGAAGCAGAAGGCCCUGGAAGACCUUCAGAAGCUGCGCCUGCAGGCGGAGGAGGCCGAACGGCGGAUGAAGCAGGCGGAGCUGGAGAAGGAGCGGCAGGUCCAGCUAGCCCAUGAGGCUGCCCAGAAGAGCGCUGAGGCUGACCUCCAGAGCCGGCGCCUCUCCUUCGCUGAGAAGACCGCCCAGCUGGAGCUCUCCCUGCAGCAGGAGCACAUCACGAUCACCCAUCUGCAGGAGGAGGCUGAGCGGCUGAAGAAGCUGCAGUUGGAGGCCGAACAGUCCCGUGAGGAGGCCGACAAGGAAGUGGAGAAGUGGCGGCAGAAGGCCAACGAGGCACUGAGGCUGCGGCUCCAGGCCGAGGAGGUGGCUCACAAGAAGGCCCUGGCACAAGAGGAGGCUGAGAAGCAGAAGGAGGAUGCGGAACGCGAGGCCCGGAAGCGCUCCAAGGCCGAAGAGUCGGCCCUGCGGCAGAAGGAGCUGGCCGAGCAAGAGCUAGAGAAGCAGCGGAAGCUGGCCGAGGGAACGGCCCAGCAGAAGUUCCUGGCCGAGCAGGAGCUGAUCCGCCUGAAGGCUGAGGUUGAGAACGGGGAGCAGCAACGCUUGCUGCUGGAGGAGGAGCUCUUCCGCCUCAAGAAUGAGGUGAACGAGGCCGUUCAGAAGCGGAAGGAGCUGGAGGAGGAGCUGGCCAAACUGCGUGCUGAGAUGGAGCUCCUGCUGCAGAGCAAGGCAAAGACUGAGGAGGAGUCUCGCUCUACCAGUGAGAAGUCCAAGCAGAUCCUGGAGGCUGAGGCCAGCAAGCUGCGGGAGCUGGCCGAAGAGGCUGCCCGCCUGCGUGCCCUCUCGGAGGAAGCCAAGCGCCAACGGCAGCUGGCUGAAGAAGAGGCCACCCAUCAGCGGGCAGAGGCUGAGCGCAUCCUCAAGGAGAAGCUGGUGGCCAUCAACGAGGCCUCGCGCCUGAAGGCAGAAGCAGAGAUCGCCCUGAAGGAGAAGGAGGCGGAGAACGAGCGGCUCCGACGGCUAGCUGAGGACGAGGCAUACCAGCGCCGGCUGCUGGAGGAGCAGGCGGCCCAGCACAAGCAGGACAUCGAGGAGAAGAUCGCCCAGCUGAAGAAGUCCUCUGAGAGUGAGUUGGAGAGGCAGAAGAGCCUGGUGGAUGACACUGUCAGGCAGCGGCGCCUCGUCGAGGAGGAAAUACGCAUCCUCAAGCUCAACUUUGAGAAAGCUUCACAUGGCAAGACUGACCUGGAGCUAGAACUCACCCGGAUCAAGCAGAGCGCUGAGGAGAUCCAGCGCAGCAAAGAGCAGGCAGAGCGUGAGGCAGAGGAGUUGCGGCAGCUAGCCCUGGAGGAGGAGAAUCACCGCCGAGAGGCUGAGGCCAAGGUCAAGAAGAUCUCGGCGGCUGAGCAGGAGGCUGCCCGGCAGUGCAAGGCCGCCCUGGAGGAAGUGGAGCGCUUGAAAGCCAAGGCAGAGGAGGCCCGGAGGCAGAAGGAGCUGGCUGAGAAGGAGUCAGAGCGGCAGAUCCAGCUUGCACAGGAGGCAGCCCAGAAGCGGAUUGUGGCAGAGGAGAAGGCCCACCUGGCUGCCGUGCAGCAGAAGGAGCAGGAGCUGCUGCAGACCCGGCAGCAGGAGCAGAGCAUCCUGGACAAGUUGCGGGAGGAGGCAGAGAGGGCCAAGAAAGCUGCAGAGGAUGCCGAGUUUGCCCGGAUAAAGGCCGAGCAGGAGGCUGCUCUGUCCAGGCAGCUGGUGGAGGAAGCUGAGCGCAUGAAGCAAAGGGCAGAGGAGGAGGCCCAGACCAAGGCCAAGGCACAAGAGGAUGCAGAGAAGCUGCGAAAAGAGGCCGAGCUGGAGGCUGCCAGGAGGGCCCAGGCGGAGCAGGCGGCACUCAAGCAGAAGCAGCUGGCUGAUGCUGAGAUGGCCAAGCACAAGAAGUUUGCUGAGCAAACGCUGCGCCAGAAGGCCCAGGUGGAGCAGGAGCUGACCAAGGUCAAGCUGCAGUUGGAGGAGACUGACCACCAGAAGAGUAUCUUGGAAGAGGAGCAGCAGCGGCUGAAGGACGAGGUGACUGAAGCCAUGAAGCAGAAGGUCCAGGUGGAGGAGGAGCUCUUCAAGGUAAAAGUCCAGAUGGAAGAGCUGAUCAAGCUGAAGACCCGUAUCGAGGAGGAGAACAAGAUGCUGAUCACGAAGGACAAGGACAACAUGCAGAAGUUCCUGGCUGAAGAGGCCGAGAAGAUGAAGCAGGUGGCAGAGGAGGCUGCCCGGCUGAGUGUGGAGGCCCAGGAAGCUGCCCGCCUGCGGGAGCUGGCCGAGCAGGACCUGGCCCAGCAGCGGAGCCUGGCAGAGAAGAUUCUGAAGGAGAAGAUGCAGGCUGUCCAAGAGGCCACACGACUGAAGGCCGAGGCUGAGGUGCUACAGAAGCAGAAGGACUUGGCCCAGGAGCAGGCAAAGAAGCUGCAGGAGGACAAGGAGCAGAUGCAGCUGCGGCUGGCUGAGGAGGCUGAGGGCUUCCAGAAGACCCUAGAGGCAGAGCGCCAGCGGCAGCUGGAAAUUACCGCCAAUGCCGAGCGCCUCAAGGUGCAAGUGACCGAGCUGAGUCUGGCCCAGGCGAAGGCAGAGGAGGAGGCCAAACGGUUCAAGAAGCAGGCAGAGCAGAUCAGUCAGAAGCUGCACCAAACAGAGCUGGCUACCCAGGAGAAGAUGACUCUGGUGCAGACGCUAGAGAUCCAGAGGCAGCAGAGUGAUAGUGAUGCUGAGAAGCUGAGGAAAGCCAUUGCAGAUCUGGAGCAAGAGAAGGAGAAGCUGAAGCGGGAAGCAGAGCUGCUGCAGCAGAAAUCGGAAGAGAUGCAGACGGCUCAAAAGGAGCAGCUCCGCCAGGAGACGCAGAUGCUCCAGCAGACGUUCCGGUCGGAGAAGGAUGUCCUCCUGCAAAAAGAGAGAUUUGUAGAGGAGGAGAAGGCCAAGCUGGAGAAACUCUUCCAGGAAGAGGUCAACAAGGCUCAAGGCCUGAAGGCUGAGCAGGAACGCCAGCAGAAGCAGAUGGAGCAGGAGAAGAAGCAGCUGACCACUGUCCUGGAGGAGGCCCGUAAGAAGCAAGCAGAAGCCGAGGAGAAUGUCCGGCAGAAGCAGGAGGAGCUGCAGCGCCUGGAGAAGCAGCGGCAGAAACAGGAGAAGCUCCUGGCAGAAGAGAACCAGAAACUCAGGGAGAAGCUGGAGCAGCUCCAGGAAGAGCAAAAGACAGCCCUCGCCCAGACCCGAGAAAUCAUGAUCCAGACCGAUGACCUUCCUCAGGAGGUGGUGGCUCCUUCCCAGGUGCCUCAGAUGAAAGCGGUGCCCAAUGGCCGAGACAUGAUAGAUGGCAUUUCUCAGAAUGGUGAAGCAGAGCUGGCGUUUGACGGCAUCCGUCAGAAAGUGUCAGCCAAGAAGCUGGCAGAAGCGGGCAUCCUAAGCCGGGAGAGCAUGGAGAAACUGGCCAAGGGAAAAGCAACUGUGCAGGAACUCUCCCAAAGGGACGACAUCCGCAGGUACUUGCGAGGAACAAGCAGCAUUGCUGGGCUCCUGCUGAAGCCAAGCAACGAGAAGAUGAGCAUUUACUCAGCUAUGAAGCAGCAGCUGCUGAGCCCAGGCACGGCCCUCAUCCUGCUGGAGGCGCAGGCUGCCUCUGGCUUCGUAAUAGAUCCCGUGAGGAACAGAACCUUGUCUGUCAGCGAGGCAGUGAAGGAAGGAGUGGUUGGGCCUGAACUGCACAAUAAGUUGCUUUCUGCUGAGAGGGCAGUCACUGGGUAUAAAGACCCCUACACUGGGGAAAAGAUCUCCCUCUUCCAAGCAAUGACCAAAGACCUCAUUGUGAAAGACCACGGCAUUCGGCUUCUGGAGGCUCAGGUGGCGACGGGAGGCAUCAUUGAUCCAGUCAACAGCCACCGCCUCCCUGUGGAAGUGGCUUACAAGCGAGGCUACUUUGAUGAAGAGAUGCAGCAGAUCCUCUCAGAUCCCAGUGAUGACACCAAGGGCUUCUUUGACCCCAACACCCAGGAGAACCUGACCUACCUGCAGCUGAUGGAGAGAUGCGUGACCGAUCCUGAGACUGGCCUCUUCCUUCUGCCGCUGACAGACAAAGCCGCUAAGGGAAGGGAGCUGGUCUACACGGACCGGGAGGCCAAGGAUGUCUUCAAGAAGGCCACAGUGUCAGCCCCCUUCGGCCGGUUCAAGGGCAAGACAGUCACCAUCUGGGAAAUCAUCAACUCUGAGUAUUUCACUGAGGAGCAGAGGCGGGACCUUCUGCGCCAGUACAAGACUGGGAAGAUAACUGUGGAGAAGAUCAUUAAGGUUAUCAUCACUGUGAUGGAGGAGAGCGAGAAGAAGAGCCAGCUCUGCUUCGAUGGGCUCCGGGCUCCCGUUCCAGCAUCUGAGCUGCUAGAGAGUAAAAUCAUUGACAAGGAUCUUUACAACCAGCUAUACCAGGGAAAAAAGACUGUAGAGGACCUUGCCAGUGUGGAUUCCAUUAAGAGGUACUUGAAAGGCACCAGUGCCAUUGCAGGCAUCUUGGUUGAGUCCACUGGCCAGAGGCUGCUGCUUGAUGAUGCCUUGAAGAAAAACUUCCUAAAGCCAGAAAUAGCCCUGACACUUCUGGAGGCCCAGGCUGCAACUGGAUACAUGGUUGACCCAGUGAGGAAUGAGCAGCUCCCUGUGGAUGAUGCAGUCAGAUCAGGAAUGGUUGGGCCUGAGCUGCAUGAGAAGCUUCUGUCUGCAGAGAAGGCUGUGACUGGCUACAGGGAUCCCUACACAGGGCAGGUGGUCUCUCUCUUCCAAGCACUGCAAAAAGGCCUCAUCCCAAAAGACGCCGGGGUCCGUCUGCUGGAUGCCCAGCUUGCCACUGGGGGCAUCAUAGACCCAGCGAACAGCCACCGUCUCCCACUUGACGUGGCUUGCAAGCGAGGCUACUUUAGCGAAGAGAUGAACAAGGCUUUGUCUGUUCCAGCUGAUGAUGCCAAGCUGUAUUAUGACCCCAACGCCCAAGAAAAACUCACCUAUGCUCAGCUGAAGCAGAAAUGCCAAGUGGACAAGAAGACUGGCCUUUACUUGCUUCCCCUCUCAGACCAGGCCAUCCGGCUUCAGCAGGAGGAGGUCUACUCUGAUAGCCAGACCAAGGAGUCCUUUGACAAGGCGACAGUAGAAGUUCCAGCCGGCAGUUUAAAAGGCAAGAUGGUGACCAUCUGGGAGUUGAUUCACUCUGAGUAUGUGACUGAAGAGCAGAGGAGGGAGCUGAUACGGCAGUACAAAACAGGCAAGGUCACCAUUGAAAGGGUAAUCAAAAUCAUCAUCACAAUCAUUGAGGAGACUGAGGCCAAGAAGCAAGAAAAGCUGACCUUCAGUGGCUUGCGUGGGCCUGUGCCUGCCAGGGAGCUGCUCGAGUCAAAGGUUAUCAGCAAGAGCCAGUAUGAGCAACUCAAGGAAGGAAAGAAGUCUGUUAAAGAGCUUGCUGAAGCGGCUGCUGUGAAGAAGUACCUUCAGGGGAGCGACUGCAUCGCUGGGGUGUAUGUAGAAGAAACCAAGGAGAAGCUGAGCAUCUAUGAGGCCAUGAGGAGGAACCUGCUCCUGCCAAGCACAGCCACUAUCCUCCUGGAGGCCCAGGCAGCCACUGGGUUCAUGGUGGACCCAGUGAGGAACCAGAGGUUGCCUGUCCAUGAAGCAGUCAAGGCUGGCUUUGUGGGACCAGAGCUGCAUGAAAAGCUGCUGUCUGCUGAGAAGGCUGUCACUGGCUACAAAGACCCAUAUUCUGGGAACACCAUCUCCCUCUUUGAGGCCAUGAAGAAGGGGCUGAUCCUCAGAGAGCACGCGAUCCGCCUUCUGGAAGCCCAGAUUGCUACAGGAGGAAUCAUCGACCCCGUUCACAGUCAUCGCCUCCCUGUGGAAGUGGCUUAUAAGCGAGGCUACUUUGACGAACAGAUGAACCGAACGCUCUCGGACCCCACUGACGACACCAAGGGCUUCUUCGACCCUAAUACCAAGGAGAACCUAACCUACCUGCAGCUGAAGGAGAGGUGUGUUGAGGACCCUGAGACGGGCCUCUGCCUCCUGCCUUUGAAACAGCCUGAGACCCCCACUGUAGUGGAGACCACGCAGGUGUACACAGAGGCUGAGACCAAGAAGGUGUUUGAGGAGACCCAGAUCGACAUUCCAACCGGAGACAAGGCUGGCUCCUCCAUGUCCCUGUGGGAAAUCAUGCACUCUGAUCUUAUCCCCGAGGAGCAGCGCAAGAGGCUGAUGGAUGAGUUUCGCUCUGGCAAGGUGACAAAGGAACGUAUGAUCAUCAUCAUCAUCGAGAUAAUAGAGAAGACGGAGAUCAUCCGGCAGCAAGACUUGAGCUCCUAUGACUACGUCCGGCGCCGCAUCACUGCUGAUGACCUCUAUGAGGCCAGGAUAAUCUCCAUGGAGAUAUACAAUGCCCUGAAGCAAGGCUCCAAGACCAUCCGCGAGAUCCUAGAAAUAGAGACAGUCUGGAAGUAUCUCUAUGGCUCUGGCUGCAUUGCCGGCAUCUACAUUCCAUCCAGCAAACAGAAGCUCAAUGUCUACCAGGCCUUAAAAAGGGGGCUGAUCACUCCUGAAGUGGCUCGGCCUCUGCUGGAAGCCCAGGCUGCCACCGGCUUCAUUGUUGACCCCAUCAAGAAUGAAAUGCUCACGGUGGACGAGGCUGUCAGGAAAGCAGUAGUGGGCCCUGAGAUGCAUGACCGGCUCCUGUCCGCUGAGAGAGCUGUAACCGGCUACCGUGAUCCCUACAGCGAGCAAAAAGUCUCUCUUUUCCAAGCUAUGAAGAAGGACCUCAUCCCUUCAGAAGAAGCCCUCAGACUUCUAGAUGCCCAGUUGGCCACGGGGGGCAUCAUAGACCCACACCUGGGCUUCCACCUCCCCCUGGAAACGGCCUACCAGCGUGGCUACUUCAAUCGGGAGACAUACGAGAGGCUUUCUGAACCCAGUGAGGUCCGCAGCUAUAUAGACCCCUCCACAGACGACAAGCUCAGCUACACACAGAUCCUCAAGCGCUGCAAGAAGGAUGAGAAUACUGGCUGCCUCCUGCUGCCUCUCUGCGACACUCGGAAGCUGACCUUCCGGGGCCUGAGGAAACAGAUCUCUGUUGAGGAGCUGGUAAGAUCUAAGGUCAUGGAUGAAGCCACCGCCCAGCGCCUCCAGGAAGGCUUAACCUCUGUUGAGGAAGUCUCUAAAGUCUUGAAGAAAUUCCUGGAGGGCACCAGUUGCAUCGCUGGUGUCUAUGUGGACUCUACCAAGGAGAGACUCUCUGUGUACCAGGCCAUGAAGAAGGGCAUCAUCCGCCCUGGCACCGCCUUUGAGCUGUUGGAAGCCCAGGCAGCCACUGGGUAUGUGGUUGACCCCAUCAAGGGCCUCAAGUUGACCGUGGAGGAGGCAGUGCGGAUGGGCAUUGUGGGCCCAGAAUUCAAGGACAAGCUGCUUUCAGCUGAGAGAGCAGUUACAGGCUACAAGGACCCCUACUCAGGCAAGCUUAUCUCUCUCUUCCAAGCCAUGAAGAAAGGGCUGAUCCUGAAAGACCAUGGGAUCCGUUUGCUGGAAGCACAGAUUGCCACAGGAGGAAUAAUUGAUCCAGAGGAGAGCCAUCGCCUGCCUGUCGAAGUGGCGUACAAGAGGGGCCUUUUUGAUGAGGAAAUGAAUGAGAUCCUGCUGGAUCCCAGCGAUGACACAAAGGGGUUCUUUGACCCUAACACAGAAGAGAACCUGACCUACCUGCAGCUGAUGGAGCGGUGCAUCACUGACCCAGAGACUGGCCUGUGCCUCCUGCCCUUGAAGGAGAAGAAGCGGGAGAGAAAGACCUCUUCCAAGUCCUCUGUCCGCAAACGCAGGGUAGUCAUCGUUGAUCCUGAGACUGGGAAAGAGAUGUCAGUGUACGAAGCCUACCGCAAAGGCCUCAUUGACCACCAGACCUAUUUGGAGCUCUCCGAACAAGAGUGUGAAUGGGAAGAGAUCACCAUUUCCUCCUCAGACGGAGUUGUUAAGUCCAUGAUCAUUGACCGGAGGUCAGGGAGGCAGUAUGAUAUCGACGAUGCUAUUGCAAAGGGGCUGAUCGACCAGUCUGCCUUGGACCAGUAUCGCUCAGGUACCUUAUCCAUCACAGAAUUUGCAGACAUGCUGUCUGGCAACAUAAGUGGAUUCCGAUCCAGGUCUUCCUCUGUCGGCUCCUCUUCUUCCUAUCCUGUAAGCCCAGCCCACGCAAGAGCACAACUGGCGUCCUGGAGCGAUCCUACUGAAGAGACUGGGCCAGUUGCAGGCAUCCUGGACACAGACACCCUAGAGAAGGUAUCCAUUACAGAAGCCAUGCGUCGCAACCUGGUGGACAACAUUACUGGCCAGAGGCUCCUGGAGGCUCAGGCCUGCACUGGUGGGAUCAUCGAUCCGGCCACUGGGGAGAAGUUCUCUGUUGCUGAUGCUGUCAACAAAGGCCUGGUUGACAAAAUCAUGGUAGAUAGGAUCAACCUUGCUCAAAAGGCUUUCUAUGGCUUUGAGGAUCCCAGAACCAAGACCAAGAUGUCCGCUGCCCAAGCCUUGAAGAAAGGCUGGCUGUACUACGAGGCCGGCCAGCGCUUUCUGGAGGUGCAGUACCUGACAGGAGGGCUGAUUGAGCCAGAAGUGACUGGCAGGGUCUCCCUUGACGAGGCUCUGCAGAAGGGCACCAUCGACGCACGCACUGCGCAGAAACUGCGGGAUGUCAACACCUACUCCAAGUAUUUGACCUGUCCCAAAACCAAGCUCAAGAUUUCCUACAAGGACGCCAUGGACAGGAGCAUGACUGAGGAGGGAACGGGCUUACGUCUCUUGGAAGCUUCGUCACAAUCCAGCAAAGGCUAUUACAGUCCUUAUAAUGUUAGUGGUUCUGGCUCCACUUCUGGCUCUCGAUCUGGCUCCCGAACUGGUUCUAGAUCAGGCUCCAGGCGAGGCAGCUUUGAUGCUACGGGAGGAUCUGGCUUCUCCAUGUCCUUCUCUUCCUCCUCCUACAGUUCUUCAGGUUAUGGCCGCAGAUACACAUCCGGUCUAAGCGGAAGCACAGAUGCUGCCAACCUCAGUUGCACCUUGACCCACCUCAUUGGAAACUGUGGGUGGGAAGGAAGCCAGGAGUUCUUUGAAAUGCAUGGGAAACCACUGUCUGUGGCAUAAAGUGCCCUCUGCCUCCAGAAAACUUUUGCAUUUAUACUGCUCUGCAUGUGGUAAAGCUACUGGUUUAUCCUCUCAUUAUUACUAUUGUUGUUCUUUUAUCCUGUUUAAAACAGUUUUCUUCCAAAGCAGUGCCUAAAGUUUAACCAAAAAGACUAGACUAAUAUAUUAAUAUAUAUGAUUGCUCAGACAGUAUAUGUAUAGUAAGAGAGAAAGAGAAAGCCUAUCCACUGCCCCCCACUCCCCCAUCUAGCCCUCCCAGGCACACCUUUCUUUUGGUCCACCUCCAGAGCAGAAUCACCCCAGCCAUGUGCCGACUCCUCAGCGCAGGCAGAACCGGCCCUCCUUGGGUCCCUUCUUCUGCUAAGCAGCUAGUGACUUUUUCUCCCAGUGAGCUCUGCCAGCUCCAUCCUGCAGAGGAGAUGACCCUUGUGCCAAGCCUCCAGGCGCAUCACUGCCUAUGCAAAAUGCCCUCUCCGCUUCUGAGGAAGGGAGGAAGAGCCCAGAUGGACUUGUGCUCAAGAGAUGCCCCACGGCCCCCUUCCGCUCUAGCAAGCUCCCUGCGCCAUUGCCUGGACUGAUCUUCCUCACUGGAUGGCCAAGGAAGAUGGCUCUGUGCUCCACUGCUGCUCCUUGACUGGCUUCCCCUCAACUGCGUGGACUCUGCACCCGGACCACAUUUUUACCUAGUCCCACCAAAGAAGUCCCCUUGUCACUGGGAGAACUGCUUAGCUGGUUUUCUGAAGUCAGCAAGUCCUGGAUUACUUCGAGAGGAGGCCUGGAUGCUUCUCAGCGGCACUCACCCUCAAAGG